GUUCAGAGUAGGAUUAGAUGGGAACACACACAGCGUGAGUGGGUUAUGUGACUGAGUGAGUUGUGGACAGGUCAGGGACUACAGAGGUUUACAAUUCAGAGAAAACCUUCACUAGAAGCACACAUACAAACUCUCACAGUUUACGCGAAUGUUAUUUUGAUCCUCUUUCAUCCUCUACAAUUAAAGCAGUCGAUAGCCGAAGACAGUUAUCUCUCUCCACCCCUUCUUUAGCUCGGUGCAAAAACACAGGCACUACCUCAGAGCGGUGCUUGUUGUAAGCUAGCAGGCUAGCUGCUCGCCCGCUUCCCCCUGCGGCCUGGCUGGAGAUGAGUGGAAGAUGUCCGUGUCGGGGCUCAAAGCCGAAUUAAAGUUCUUGGAGUCGAUUUUUGACCCGAAUCACGAGCGUUUCAGAAUCAUCGACUGGAAACCCGACGAGCUUAGCUGUCAGUUUAAUGUGACUGGUGAAAAGCUACUGAUCAUCCACUGCAAUAUUACGGAGGCAUACCCUUCAACUCCCCCUUUAUGGUUUGUGGAAUCAGAUGAUCCUAGUCUGACUGAGGUGUUCGAGCGCCUGGAGGAUGUUCGGAAAAGCAGUACCUUGCUCCUCCAGCAAUUGAAAAGACUUAUCUGUGAUCUUUGUCGACUAUAUAACCUGCCCCAGCACCCUGACGUGGAGAUGCUGGACCAGCCGCUUCCUGCUGGACCCAUCAGUCAUGAAAGAAAGCAGCAUCUAACAGAUGACGUAACAUCUGAUGAAGAGGAGGAGGAAGAAAUGACUGAGCAGGACAUCGAAGAUCUUGACCACUAUGAGAUGAAGGAGGAGGAACCUGUAGAUGGCAAGAAGUCAGAAGAUGAUGGGAUCGAAAAGGAGAACCUUGCUAUACUAGAAAAAAUUCGCAAGAACCAAAGGCAGGACCACUUGAACGGCGCAGUUUCUGGCUCUGUUCAGGCCUCCGAUCGUCUUAUGAAGGAACUCAGGGAGAUCUAUAGGUCACAGAGUUACAAGACAGGUAUCUAUUCAGUGGAGCUAGUCAACGACAGUCUUUAUGAAUGGCACGUGAAGUUGAGGACGGUAGAUCCAGAUAGUCCAUUACAUAGUGACUUGCAGGUCUUGAAAGAAAAAGAAGGGGUUGACUAUAUUCUGCUAAACGUUUCAUAUAAAGAUAAUUUUCCUUUUGAUCCUCCCUUUGUACGAGUAGUGUCUCCUGUACUCUCUGGAGGUUAUGUUCUUGGAGGAGGAGCCUUGUGUAUGGAACUACUAACAAAGCAGGGCUGGAGCAGUGCCUAUUCCAUAGAGUCCGUCAUUAUGCAAAUCAAUGCCACCCUGGUCAAAGGGAAGGCUAGAAUACAGUUUGGAGCUAAUAAGAACCAGUAUAAUCUUGCCAGAGCACAACAGUCAUAUAAGUCUUUGGUCCAGAUCCAUGAAAAGAAUGGCUGGUACACACCUCCUAAAGAAGAUGGUUAAGAAGAAGUCAAAUCCUCUUGAACACUGGGAAUAUGGGAUUUGCGAUCAACUAUUUGCAUUCUAGUUGUUCUAAAAUCCCUCUAAAUUUCUUCUGUUCAGCUGGAGUGUGAGGUCCCACUGGUCUGUUCCCCUUAUGUCUCCUUCUAUCUGUCCCCUUUUCUUGUUGUUACUCAUAUCUGCUCCCAUCACAUGUUUUCUCCAGUUCACUACUUGGAAAGGAGGGAUGUGUGAAAGGCACACAGCUUUGGUACUAAUGCGUGUCUAACACAGAGCAAUGUUUAGAGACACCAGAUUUUUUUUUUUUUUUUACUGUUUUGUUCGUAGCAACGCAUUGCAUUGUUGGAUUAACACCUGAGUGGAAUAACGUGUGAAGUGUCUGGAUUUUACACCAAUGCUGUUCUUUUAAUCCAAGUUAUUGUGCCAUCACAUCAGACACUUGGCCGAGGUUUACUGAACUUCGGGCAGAUGUGGAUGCAAUAAGAGACUAUAUGAAGAUUCGCCACCUCUUUAUUCCUGCUGGUGCUGCUCUCUUCUUUAUCUUUUGUGCUCUGUGUUAACAUGCUGGUACAUUUAAUGCUGAUAUUGUUUUUUCUUUCUUCUUUUUUUGUCUCUAAUGAUAAAAGUGAGCUUAAGGUAAGGACUUUAUUCCAGCUCUCACCUUCUUGACUGUGGAUGAAUACCACUCUGUUCUGUUCCCUGCUCUUAGCCUGUGGGUUAAUCUGAGCAGUAUUUCACAAACACGGGCCUUCGAACAGGCAAAUAAGAAAAUCUGUUAUAUAUUUGGACAGAAUCCUGUUUGUGUAGUCUAAAACGGCUCUGUGGUGCAAGUCAUUUUUUAACGCGCUAUUGAUGUGAAGUCUUGGGCUAUGCCACAAUUAUCCAAUCAAUACCUUAAUUAUAAUAUUUAACUGGAUGGCUUGAGGAUAUGGAAAAUGAAGAGCACCUAAAUCUGUGUUUAUUCAGGGGCUUUGAAGCAUUCAUCUUCUGAUUCCGAAGGUGUCAAGUUAUCAUUCCUUUAUCUAUUUUAAAAGGUCAUCCUCCGUGUAUUGCUGAUACUAAUUCACCAGUUCAUGUUAAUAUUGUUUGUAUUUUUCCUACGAGACACACAAGUUGUGCUUUUGUUUUCCACACAGUGCUGCUUUAACAUGGUAUUUUGCUCUUUUUUUUUUUUUUUUUUGCAUU